AUGCCUGGCAAGUCGGCCGACGCUCAGACGGAAGCUCGUGCUAACCUCCAGAAGAAGAUAACUGCCCUCAUUGGCACGUAUCAGCUCCCUCUACCUAGUCAAUACCUCGAGGUCCGGGAAGUAAACGACAUCACAUUGGUGAACAGAAUCUCCCAUGCGUUCAAGGGCGAUUCCUGGAUGUCGUGGUUCAUCACAAAUGAGCUCUGGAGAUUGUACCCGAACGAAUCUAGCGAACUGUACUCGCACAUACGUGGAGUUCUAGUGUCUAAUAAGACUUUCGCUGCUAUCAUGCGCGUGUACGGUGUUGAGGACUCCAACGGGAAAAGUUCGGCGGACGCGUUCGAGAUGUUUGUCUCACUGCUGGUUGAGAAGAGUGGCGAAGAUGGCUUGAAAGAGUGGGCUGGACCAACGUUUCUGCCUUUGAUGCGAGCCGCUUAUGGUGAAUGCGGGACAUUGAGACAGAAGCAGGAAGAUAUCCGAACGAGACUGUCACAAGGCUCGGCGACGUCGGUGGCGAUAGAAAAGUUGGAGAUUAUGCUUGGAUGCUCAACAUGUAGCAUCAAUGGCUUAGAGGUCAUGGACGAUACGGAAGAGCAGAACGGUACGAAAGCAAAGACUGUGACGAAGGUGAAGAAAAGCACGAAAAAGAAGCCUCGUAAAUCAAGGUCAAGGCCGAAGGCGAAGCAGAACGAAGAGAAGGUGGCUAAGGCUGCGAAGGCUGCGAGGAAAGCUUCAAAGGUGAAGAAGAACCAGGAGAAGGCGGCGAAGGCUACCAAGAGAGCUUCAACGACGAAGAAGAACCAGGAGAAGGCGGCGAAAGCAGCGAAGGCUACCAAGAGAGCUCCAAAGACGAAGAAGAACCAGGAGAAGGCGGCGAAGGCUGUGAAGGCUACCAAGAGAGCUUCAAAGACAAAAAAGAAAGCGAAGAAGGCGAAGCAGAAGUCGACUCGUGCGUCUGUUCUCCUCUCCACCCUCUUGUUCUCUGUCAAUAUCCGUUGCUAA